CUGGGCCUCUCAUUCCCCACUUCCGCCCGUUUGUCGAAAACCGCGCUUGCGCAGUGUGUCUCUUCCUCUCUGGGCUCGGACCUAAGCUGCGGCGACAUGGCUAAACGCACCAAGAAGGUCGGAAUUGUCGGUAAAUACGGGACCCGUUAUGGUGCUUCCCUCAGGAAAAUGGUGAAGAAGAUUGAAAUAAGCCAGCAUGCCAAGUACACUUGCUCUUUCUGUGGCAAAACCAAGAUGAAGAGACGAGCUGUGGGGAUCUGGCAUUGUGGUUCCUGCAUGAAAACCGUAGCUGGUGGUGCCUGGACCUACAACACCACUUCUGCUGUCACAGUAAAGUCGGCCAUCAGAAGACUGAAGGAGUUGAAAGACCAGUAGAAGCUUCACCGUUCGAAAUAUUGCUAGCCUACAAUAAAUGGGUUAAUUUAUAUUAACAAAAUUA